UUCCUCAAAGGCGAUCCCGAUUGUAAGAUGCCUAGUCUUCUCAGUCCUGGCAUAACUCGAGUCUAACAAUGCUACAGGGGAAAGACUUGUUCGAGAACAGCCCCCAGACCGCUCAAAUAGCCAAACUCAGCCUGCUGGUCCUAAAUGGAGGACAUCCAUGGAGCAUCCAGUCUCAAGUCACUACAACAACCAUAUGGCUGCUUCCUAUCAUGAUCCUAUGAGAUUAGUGCCACCGUAUAGCGCAGAAUUACACUCACUCCACUACGGCUCGACCCUCAAUUCACAAGACUCAAACAUGAACACAAUCCAGGGCCUUGGCUUUGACAUGUGGGUCAGUGCUCCUAACAAGCCGGAUCGGAUUGACGAAGCCUUUCACAAAUACACACGCCUUCAGGGCGACCAACGCCAGGCCCCUAUGCCCCUAGAAGAAUUGAAAAACUGGCAGUGCUCAUUUCCUCACCUGAACUCCUUGGUAGCAGAUGUGAAUAAUCCACUUGGAUGUGAGAUUAUUCUCCUUGAAUCCAACCUUGAGCUAAUGGAAGAUUUUCCUCCCGUAGGCUCCAGACUAGGAAUUCAUCUGGAGCUUGAUAUUUCAAACGCCGUUUCUGCGAUGGGGAUUAAUCACAUGGAGGAUUGGACUUGCAGUACUUACAUAUAUGAAGAUGGUCGGAGGUCAAUGGAAGCAUACCACAACCUCGCUAAGCCACACUCAAAGAAGGUAAAGCCGCCUUUUGAGUCACAGUGGUGGGCAAAGACUUUCACGAAACUCACGCAAGACAAACGUGAGGCAGAAAACGCUGGACAUCACCAUGCCGCUGAUGAUCGUACGCGGCGAUUCUUUCAUACCCUGACGGCAGUGCAGGAGAUUCGUGCCACCGUGCCUAGUGCGCGUCGGCUGCAGAGCCAUUAUUCAGGAUCCCCCGUCGACGAGAGCAAAACGAUGGCUAUACUCCUUUGGAAGUUCCGCCAGACACGGCCCAAUGAGGUUGGCACCACUACUUGGCGAAAGCUGGUCACCUCGCCUGACCGUACCUUGACGAACAGUCCCAAGCCAACCAGCGGGAUCGAUCUUCCACCUCUUUCUUUGGAUUCAAUAUUACUGAGCAAACCAGCUCCAAACCUUUAUCAUGCUCCUCAGCCUCAUGAUAUCCUGCAUCAUACGAGCACGUCUCAGCCAUCAUGGUCUCUGUAUCAACCGCAUGAGAACGUUUCCAGUCUGUACAAUUCCACUGGGGCUUAUGACUUCCUCAACAGCAUCACAAAAGCGGAGGAAGUAUUGGGUGACAAGAUUGCCUCAACCACUGCCUUAGAUCCUUUCCCCAAUCUACAGCAACAGACAACCAGCCAGCCGACCACUCUCCACGGAACCACGGGGGGACCGGUGAUGCUCCAUGUUCCUGAUCUGUCUCUCUCACAGUCCAACCUCAGUGCAUACGGCCUGGGACAAGACAACCACUAUGUUACUUCGCAUCAGCACGGCGGGAGCAUCCACGAUAAUCAUAACAGCACCAGCGGCUUGAGCGGGUUUUUCGGGCAUAGCAGCCAGUCACUCGACGAUAUAAGCCACAGCCACGCGACCUGGUCGACACCAACCACAACAAUUCCGGGGGACACUAACGGGGGCAACUACCACCACCUUCCCUUCCCGUCUUCCGAUCAUUCCAUCGCGGUAUCUCGAGAGUCGCACCAUGGUAACAGCUUUGAGGGGUUGAUGCCCCCAGACGACCUAGUGGGCAUUGUCGGGGGGAUGUCUAGUGCUCACGGUAUGAAUGGGGCAGGCCCCGAACAUACCAAUUCGGCUUAUGCUGAGAAUAAUGCAGUGGAGGCUGUUUAAGAAGGUUUGAUGAAGCGAAUAUUCGAGGGAAAUAUCGAUUUACCUUCUAGCGCCAAGCGCAAUUAAUAUUUAAUGAUAAUCAUGGCAGCACAAAAAGUGUAGUACUAUUCUCAUAUCCCCUACUGUUAUUUUUAAUUUUUUUUACCUUCAAUGUUAUUGUAUAAUAGUGGAUCAGCUUCUUCUGAAAU